CCCGGCUCCCCGAGACCCAGACCCGAGGGGAGGGGAAGGAGGAGAAAGAGCGAGGGCGCGCGUGCGCAGUGGCGCGGGGAGGAGCGGGGGGGACCUGGCAGCGGGCAAGAAGGCUGCGAGCGAGCCGCGAACCCGGCUGGUGGAGGGUGGCGAGCGCGCGCGCACCAUGGGGGAAAAACCCGGGACCAGGGUCUUCAAGAAGUCGAGUCCUAACUGCAAGCUCACCGUGUACUUGGGCAAGCGCGACUUUGUAGAUCACCUGGACAAAGUGGAUCCUGUGGAUGGCGUGGUGCUUGUGGAUCCUGACUACCUGAAGGAUCGCAAAGUGUUUGUGACCCUCACCUGCGCCUUCCGCUAUGGCCGAGAAGAUCUGGAUGUACUGGGCCUGUCUUUCCGCAAAGACCUGUUCAUCGCCACCUACCAAGCCUUCCCCCCCAUGCCCAACCCACCCCGGCCCCCCACCCGGCUACAGGACCGACUGCUGAAGAAGUUGGGCCACCAUGCCCAUCCCUUUUUUUUCACAAUACCCCAGAAUUUGCCCUGCUCUGUCACGCUGCAGCCAGGACCAGAGGACACGGGGAAGGCCUGCGGAGUCGACUUUGAGAUUCGUGCCUUCUGUGCCAAAUCACUAGAAGAAAAAAGCCACAAAAGGAACUCUGUGAGACUUAUCAUCAGAAAGGUACAGUUUGCUCCAGAGACACCCGGCCCCCAGCCCUCAGCUGAAACCACACGCCACUUCCUCAUGUCUGACCGGAGGUCCCUGCACCUAGAGGCUUCCCUGGACAAAGAGCUGUACUACCACGGGGAGCCGCUCAACGUCAACGUCCAUGUCACCAACAACUCCGCCAAGACCGUCAAGAAGAUCAGAGUCUCUGUGAGACAGUAUGCUGACAUUUGCCUCUUCAGCACCGCGCAGUACAAGUGUCCUGUGGCUCAGCUUGAGCAAGAUGACCAGGUAUCCCCCAGUUCCACGUUCUGCAAGGUGUACACCAUAACCCCCCUGCUCAGUGACAACCGGGAGAAGCGUGGCCUUGCCCUGGACGGGCAGCUCAAGCAUGAAGACACCAACUUGGCUUCCAGCACUAUAGUGAAGGAGGGAGCCAACAAGGAGGUGCUGGGAAUCCUGGUGUCCUACAGGGUCAAGGUGAAGCUGGUGGUGUCGCGAGGCGGGGAUGUCUCCGUGGAGCUGCCUUUUGUUCUCAUGCACCCCAAGCCCCAUGACCACAUCACCCUUCCCAGACCCCAGUCAGCCCCCCGGGAAACAGAUGUCCCCGUGGAUACCAACCUCAUCGAAUUCGAUACCAACUACGCCACAGACGACGACAUUGUGUUUGAGGACUUUGCCCGGCUCCGGCUGAAGGGGAUGAAGGAUGAUGACUGUGACGACCAGUUCUGCUAGGAAGAGGGGCUGGGAGAGGUAGGGGCAGGACCGAGAUCCCACUGUCAUUUCGGGUGGGAGGGUCCCAGCCUCUCCUCCUUCCCCAUCCACCCAAGAUACGCACUGGACCCAUCAUUUGUUGAAAGUGGGCAUUAAUCUUUUGCCGUCAGCUCUGCGGGGCCCUAGCCCUGCUCCCUAGGGUGGCAAGCUGUAUGCCCACCUAAGGUUUUGGGAAGGGAACACUGAAAAUGAGGAGUGAUUUAGAGAAAGGAGUAGAAAGAACUCCCCACAUUUGGCCUCAGACCAACCCGCUCCCCGCCCCCUAAGUCAUCACUUCUGCCUCCCAUUCCUUGAAGAUGAGACUGUGUGUGUGGAGGGCAAGGCCAUUUCUUUGUUUCAGAGCAUAGGGAAGAAAUAAACCUUUGAAUAGGCA